CCAAGCUUUUUUUUUUCUUCCACAAAUUCUUAUCAAAGCUUCCAUCUACACACCCUCCAGUUUGAGGCGUCCUAUGUCGCUACGAUGCCACCACGCCUACCAACUGCGUCAGCGGCAACCUCUGCCUUGACUAGAUCAGCUCUACCGAAUGUGAACCAAUGUGUCUCUCUGCCACGUUCGCAGACAAAGGCUAACUUCUCGACAACCUCGAGUCGUACUCACUUCAGUAGAGCACGCCGCAGUUUUAGACAUUGGAUCAACGGUCCCGGGUCGGUUUACCGUAAACAUAAUCCCGGAAAUACCAAUUAUCUUUGGAGGGGUAUUCCCAAUCCCGACAAACCAUUUCCCCUCAAUCCCCAGUUCAUAAGUGAGCCUGUCCUAGACGAUCGUGCUAGGGAAUUGAUCUGGGAGAAGGUGAUGCGAAAUGGCGAGACUAUCAAGGCAGUGUCUGCCGAACUAGGUGUUGAUAUUAGGAGAGUAGCGGCGGUUGUGAGGUUAAAAGAAGUCGAGAAGGACUGGGAAGCCAAAGGGCAGAAGCUGGCGAAACCGUAUGCGAAAGCUGUAUUGUCCAUGCUUCCUACCCAUACAUUCAAGGCUGGUCAGCGAAACGAACCCUUCGAGUCCAUUAAUGAGCUACAUGUACAUCCGUACACGAUGAAGCAGAUCUUCUGGCCGACGUCUGAGUCGCGACAUUUUACUCGUGCCGAUGCCGCCAAAGCCUUUCACCCUAAGAUGUUAUCCGCGGAUGAGCGAGUCCCUCAUCCAGAACUGAUUCAGAUGGAGAGGGAGGUGUUGCAAGGUCGUCCAUUAUAUGACGCUUCAGAGAGGUUUAAGCAGGCUGUGAUGGAGUCGGAAAGGAAGGCAGCCGAGAAAGAAAUCGAAAAGGCAGGUAUAGAAGAGAAAUACACCACCCGAAUUCCCACGAAGCGCUUUGAAUACCGUUUCAAACAAAUCAAUUCGGAAAAUGUCGGUCCCACGGGUAGGGCUCGAAACGCGGUUGGCUGGAGGUAUGGUGCGCCGCACUAUGACCGGUCCAAGGGUGAAGUCAAGAUUCCCACUUCAGUACCUUAAUCCUAGGCGGGUCGAUUGUGUGAGGAUCUCUGUACGAUCUCUGUACAAAACCUUUACGAACAUAUUAUAGACAAGCAUGGGGUUAGACGACCCUCGAG